AUGGUGUCUCUGGAGCUGACCAAGGAAAAUAUUAAUGCGGUUUCUCUUGAGCUGACAAAGAACAAGAAGAUGUUUGACAAAAACGUGAAUUACGUGAUGAGCUUCAUGAUCAAGAACUUCCCGGAGAAGAGCGAGCUUCUUAGCAGAAUCAAAGUCCUUGGUAUCAGAUCGAGGUCUACGAAGAAGAUAGAUCCCGAAUCCGAUGUUAUGGAACAGAUAGCAAUGAAUGUCUUUGCUAUCAAGGAGCUUAACGAGGGAAGCUUCAUAAAGAACAUGGCGGCCCUCUUCAGGGAUCCAAGCUCCUUCUCCAAAGCAUUCCUGACUUACUUUUAUGCCAACUCAAGUCUUGAUGUUGUAAAGACAGAUGAGACCUUGGAUGAGCUCAUAGAGCUGUUGCUGACCGAGCUUGGGCUCGAGAAGAGAUUCGAGGAGUUUAUGAGCGCCAUUGAAGCUGCCGAGGAUUCAAGAUCCGUCUCUUCUCAGGAAGUUGAAGAAAUACACGAAAGUUCCGACAUGGAGGGCUCUGAGCAGGUUUCAGCCGAAGCAAACUGGGAGGACUCGUCAGAUACAACGAUAUCGUUGGUCUCUCUGGAUGAUUCCGAUGAGAUCAAAAGAAUUGAUGCAUCAAUUUCUAUGCUGUUUGAAGGGAGGGCGAAGAAGCUAUCUUUGACGUCUCUAAAGGUAUGUAACAGGGUGUUGGAUGCCAUGAAUCUAAUACUUGCGAAUAACUAUCCAGGAAAUGUGGAUGUCAUCCCUGUUCUGAUGUAUGUCUCAGGAAUAGACGGGAUGGUUUUCAAGCAGGCACUGUCUGUUAUGAAGACAGUACUAAAAAGGGUAGAGUAUAGGGACAAGGGAAGGCUGUUUGAGAUAUUCUGUGCUCUGUUGGAGCAGAACUCGGCCCUCAUAAAAAUGACGUUACUUAUUGAGGACACAUGCGAAGACCGCUUCGAUUGGACGGUCUUCUUUGAAAGUGUAGGCAGAAAUGAGGGGAUAGACCUGGGCAUGGUUGACAGAACCCGCAUUCCAAGUUCUUCUUUCUACAGGUUUGUAAUGUCUAUCGAGAAUCCGAGAAGAUACCAGAAGAUCAUUAAGACCAUGAUCAGAAACGAGACAGACAUCGAUCUUCUCGUGGAUCUGAGCGAAAAGGUCAGUAAUAGACAGGACCUGAGAGGCAUGAAAUGGAUAGGAGAUUCUAUAAACGGCAGACUCAUGUUAUUAGGCCACGGAGAACAUCAUAAAAAGCAGAAAAUGUCAGCAGAGGAGUACGGUAACUAA